AGAGAGAGGGAAAUGCAGGCUGCAGGUUUAGAUGUUUGUGGGAACAUUGUGGGACGAGGAGCCAACGAGAAGAGCAGCGUUGGCAUUAACCAUCACCAGCACCAGCACCAGCACCAGCACCAGCACAGAGAGAUGGCACCCGCCAGAGCUGACAGUGAGAACAACCCGGGGAGCCAUAACCCUCCGAACCACAACCCGCCCAAGAUCCUGCCAGUGUCGGGGAAACUGGAGCAGGCGAUGCAGAACAACUCAGGCCUUGUUCGUCCCUCUGCCUUCAAGCCGGUGGUUCCCAAGAGCUUCCACUCCAUGCAGAACCUGGUGGGCCAGGCAGGAGUGGCUGGGAGCGAGGGCAAGACUGAGGCAAGGAGUGAAGGGUUCAGUGAGAGCAGAGGAGGCAGGAGAGGAAGGGAUGGAGCGGGAGGAGAAUCAGGAGGGGUCCCAGAGGCCCUGCUCCUGGACCAGGACAGCCCAGUGAGGGUCAGCAGAACUGAGGGCGGGGGAAACGGUAUUGAAGUGGUUCAGGGAGGGAUGUCUGACUCAGGGAGGAACUCCCUGACCAGCCUGCCCACCUAUACGGGCUUGGGGUCCGGUUGUGGGCCCCCGGCAGUCCUAGGGCCUCUCAGUGCUUCCACCAGCCACAUCAACAGGUUGGGCAUGGUUGGGGCAGCUGCAGGCCUCGAAAAGCUUGAAAAGCCUGGCUACCAGAACGGGCUCAGCGCCUCAGACAGUGGCCGGUCCUCCUCGGGGAAAAGCUCCUCGUCCUAUCAGAGGCUGAGCCACCUGAGUGACGCCCCAGCACCUCUACGCCCCUCCCCCUCGUCCGAUGACAUCAUACAGGACCUCGAGGACCGCUUGUGGGAGAAAGAGCAAGAGGUGCAGCAUAUGCGCAGAAAUCUGGACCAAAGUGAGGCUGCAAUCAUUCAGGUGUUUGAGGAGAAGCAACGUGUCUGGGAGCGACAGAUGGACGAGCUGAGACAGAACUACGCUUCGCGUCUGCAGCAGGUUACCCGUCGGGCUCAGCGCUCCCAGACGGCCCUGCAGGCCCAGAUUGGCCGUCUGUCCCAGGACAAGAGGAGGCUCCAGGAGGAGAUGGCGGCUCUGUUGGCCCAGAGAGAGGAUCUGGAGAGAAAGUGUCUGGAUUACAGGAAGGAGCAGGCUGACAUCUUGCCUCGUCUGGAGGAGACCAAGUGGGAGGUGUGUCAGAAGGCGGGAGAGAUCUCCCUGCUGAAGCAGCAGCUGAGGGAGAGUCAGGCGGAAGUGACCCAGCGAGCUGGAGAGAUGGUGGCCCUGAGAGGCCAGCUGAAGGAGCUCAAUGCCCAGCUGAGGGAGCGGGAGGAGACCAUGCUGGGCCUGAAGGACUCCUACAGCACCAAGAGUGUGGAGCUGGAGAAGUGUGAGGGAGAGCUGAGGAGGACUCUGUCAGAGGUGUCCAUCCUUAGAGAGAAGCUGGGUGUAUUUGAGGCAGAGGUGCUUAGUUUAAAGCGGGCUCUGAGUGAAGUGAGCAGAGGAGCAGAAGUUGUCGUGAGCCCUAACUUAGCUGCGGCCGGACUCUUGCCACCGUGGGGACUGGUCCACUGCCCACGAAAUCCCUCUGAGCCCUCAAUUAACUCUCUCACCCCCACAUCUGACGCCCUGCUGAGUCUUCAGAGUGAUGAAGCCAAAGCCCAAAGGCAGGAAGCUCAGAGGCAGCAACGCGAAGAAGCUCAGUGGCGCGACGUGCAGCAGCGGCAAGAUGCCAACAUGCAGCAGGACAUCCGAAUGCGCCAGGAUGCCCAAAUCCGACCGGACGCCCAACUGCGCCAGGAGGCCCAGCUUCGUCAGGAGGCUCAUCUCCGCCACGAAGCCCAGCUACGGCAAGAAGCGCAGCUCUGCCACGAGGCACAAAUGCGCCAAGAGGCCCAGCUACGUCACGAGGCGCAACUGCGUCAGGACGGCCACCAGCCACAGCGGGGCCAGGAGGGUCACUGGGACGAGGCUGGGGAGCUGCGCAGGCAGCUCGAGCAGCUGCAGGCCGCGUUGCGCCUGGAGCGGCAGCAGCGGGACCGGCAGGCCCUCAACUUCGACCAGGAGCGACACACCUGGCAGGACGAGAAGGAGCGGGUUUUGAAAUACCAGGCACAGCUGCAGCUCAGCUAUGUGGAGACGCUGCAGAAGAACCAAGCCUUAGAAAAACGUAUGAGCCAGCUGGGAGCCAAACCAAACACCACGUCCACCACCACCACUAUCACCACUACCACCACCACCUCCCCGACCUCCUCCAAUUCUCCGCCUCCACCACCGGCCCUCUCCCCUCUGUCUCCUCAGUCUCCACCCGCUCUCGCUGGCCCCAUCGCCCUCACCAUCUCCCCUCCGUGUGAAGACCAGAAGGGCCCUCCGUCUCUCCACCAGCUUGCCAAUCCCUGGGCAGGACCCUCACGCCUGGAGAGGAUAGAGUCCACUGAGAUAUAG